GGAGAAAUAAUCAUCAAAAUACGGUAUUGUUAAUAAACAAAUGACAUUACUAUUAUUGUCAGUAUUAAAUUCAUGUUGUAACUGUCUUUAAAACACUUAUACUCACUCAUUCAUUUAUGAAAGCGUAUUAAUGGGGAUAAGUUGAAAUUCAAGUAACAUCGGAAAUAUACUUAUGGACAGUUAUCGUUGGUUGCUACACGUAUAAUAAAGUAUAACUUCUGUAUAAUCCUAAAAAUAAUAUCCAGUAGUAUUUCUGAUAUAGAGAAAGAGAUAAUCUGUUCACCAACUGAUGUAUUUGACAACAUUCACACUAUUACAAUGGGAUAUAAUUUGGACUAAAGCAGGGUUUCAUUCAUUCGUUUCUAAACAGAUCAAAUGCAAUAAUCAUAUUGAAUAUUCUAGUGUCUCAGAUACUGCUUAUUGCCAUCAUCAUCAUCACCAUCAACAUCACCUUCAGUUUCAUCCUAAUCACUGCAAACAACAAAGAACACAUCACGUUUAUGAUUCCCAGAAUAUUUUUCAUCGUAUUUAUGUAGUAUUUGUAUGCGUAUUAUUAUUUUCAUUCAAUGUUAAAUAUAUUCAUUGCAAACCUACUUCAUUAUCAAUGAAAAACGAUUUGAAUACAGUUUCCUCAUCUGAUACCAACUCAUCAUCAACCUCAUAUAUUACUACUCCCCUGCCUUCAUUUUCGUCGACAGUAUCAUCCUCAAGUUUGCAUACGUCGUCUGUAUCACCGCCAACAUCAAUAAAUGUAAAAAAUAAAUCACUGGGUGUAGACGAUUUAUUAUUUCAUUAUUUAGAUUUUAUCACUAUGAGUUUGAAUCAUACUAAUGAUAUAAAAAUAACAAAUGUAUUUAUGCGAUCACAGAGAACGAAACGUAGUUUGUCAUUUUAUAUGUCAAAUUUAGACAGAUCACCUCUGUUUUUAGUCCCACUAGCUCAGAAUUAUACAUAUAAACCAAGAUAUUUGAGUAUUCAUGACAACGGAACUAUUAAAUUAACUAAUUCACAUCGAGAUAUAUCUGCUAUGAUUACAGUUUCAGUUAUUGUAAAAUGGUCAGCGUCAAUGAAUAAAGAACAGCUAUUGAUGUUAUUGCAUCCACGCAAUGGAUCAAGAUUAAUUCUCCGUAAAUUUGCUAAAAAUAUAUGCAUCUGUAUGUAUCCGAACGGAACAGUUUACGCAGAGCGUAUCAUCAACCAGACAAUUACGGAUAACUGUGAAUGGCGUUUAAGAGUAUCAAGAUACGGAAUAGGCUUUGAACAUGAAUCAUUCGAAGGCGAUAUCAACAGUAUGUCAUCGGAAUCUCCUGAAUCUAGUCUUUUCAAGAAGACAACUGGGCUCAGCAGAAGAUAUCCGACUUUAAACGUAGCUGAUGAAGAGUCGAAUACAUUAGCUUCUGGUUGGACACACUGGCUAUGGCAACCUGAAGCAACUUGGCAAGUUUAUGCUGUUCAACCAAGUUUAGUGAAAGCUUAUAAUAAAACAUACAGUAAUACUCCAGAUUAUCAACGAUUUAUUUCAAUUCAUACCGAAAAUUUAAAUCAGUUUGUCACUACAACAGACAAAAGUAUUCAUGAGUCAAACUCUCAAAACAGCCCUUCCAUAACAUCUUCAUCUUCUCCUUCAUCAAGGUCUACGGUGAAAGUAGGUUCACAACAAGUAGUUAUUUUGGAGGCACCUGCUUCCUAUUUCCAUUCACUACAUUAUAAAGAAAACUAUAAACACUGUGAAACAUUGAAAACUAAACUUGUACAACUUGUGCAAACUGAAUUAGUUAUGAGCUUUAAAACUUUAGACAAAUACAGACAAGCUUUUAAAAAGCUUUCAGCUAUUGUUCAAAAGUGCUCAUUAAUGAAUAAAAAUAGUAAUAACUACGAUAACAUUAAUAACAAAUCAUUAUCAUCACAUUCAAUAGCAAAACUACUAGAUCAGUGGUUAAUGCUUUUAGAUUAUAAAUGGCGUCAAACAACUAAGCAAUAUUAUAAAACCAAUUCAAGAGUUAAUAAUUGUUCUCUGAGUUUUAAAUCCUCAUUUGAAAUAAAUGCUGUUGGUAAUGAUAGCGAUGAUAAACUAUUGGUUAAACUGCAUGAAACACGAUUGAAAACUAAAAUAUAUUAUAGUUUAUUUGAAGGUCUACAACAUAUUAUCGGAUGGACAGAUGAACAGAAGUAUCAUUGGCUUCAACAUCCAAGAAUUAUAAAAUUAUUCCAUUAUUUAAAUAUUAAAUGUCCAUCGUUACAAAAGUUAAGACAAGCUUCUUUCAUCCUAAGGCAGUAUCUUCCAACUUAUUCACCGGAAGAUAUCCGUUCACAGAAUGACUUUCACUAUGGUCUCAUGGGCAACUUAAAAACGGCAACAUUCAGACAAUUUCUUUCCAAUGAUACUAAAAUGGCCAGUAUCAUAAUCGAUCGUGCAGCCCACAUGAAAUUUGAAGAAUAUUACUUUUGGCCUAUAUUGAGGCGUGUGUAUAAUAAAGCAGUUGUGGAACAUUCUAUUUUUCUCAACAGUGACUUACGCAAUGAAAUCAAACAAAUGUCUUCAAAUAGUAUAUGUUACCAGUUAUUUAUGAAAAAUUGGAAAUUUUACAAAAAACGAGAUCUAACUAAUUCGUGUUUAAACUAAAAAUACAAAUGAAAUUUUAAAAACAGAAUUACAAACUAUAAACACUCGAUAAAAUAACUAAACAACCUGAGAAUGGGUAACAUAUGUGUCAUUCCACUAAAAUUAUCAGUUGAAAAGUGAACUACUACCUCCUAAACUUCACAAAAGCUGAAAACCUGUCAGCGAGUUGUACAAUAUAAUACGUCUACCUUUUUAUGGUAGUAGUGCAAACUACUUGUAAGUAGCAUAAAAUCUUUUUAAAAAUUUACGUCCUUUCCAAGUACUUGAAUAUCUGGUGGCACUAUGCUAGAUUAAUUUAUAAUCAGAUUCACAUUUGCACAUUUCACAUUCAUUGUUUUACAAUCCUCCUAUCCUUUCGAAGGAAAGACAUGAUGCGCUUAAAUAAAAUUCUUUUGUGCUUAGUGCUACAAAUUUUUUUACGAAUACUAUGUAUAUUCCAUGGAUUUAUUUACUCACUUCAGAGGUUUUAAAUGCCUAAAUGUUACACACAUUCUCUCUUAUUCGCGGGCCAAUUUUGCGUGACUGUAAUCCCCAAGUCAUAAGUAACAGUUACUGUGAGAAUGAGCAAAAAACUGUAUCUCAAUUAAAUCAGCGUAAAUCUGAAAAAAUAGUUUUUUAUGUUUAAAACAAAUUUGUUUAUAUUUGCGUAAAUCAAUACAAAUAUAUACAUAUGCAAAAGAGAUCAAUGGAUAUGAAUUCACUCAUUUGUUUAGUCUUUCUAUCAAAUGAAUACACAGUGCAUAUCAGUGCAUAAAACCUCUCAACAAAUAAUCUAGAUGAGAGGUAAGAUGUUUUUAGAUCCUCGCGUAAAUAAACAGAAAAGAAAUGAUGUGGUUUUCAUUUUCUUUCUUCUUGACAAUAUUAUUAUUCUUGUACUAUGCUAUGAAUAUAUCAUUACUAUUUCUACCUACAGUUAUCCACCUGUGACUAUGACGAAUCACUAAUCUGCCUUGAUUUUACUGUAUAAACAUCCAAACAUACAUACAUACACACACUAACACAUUGUACAUAUGCACACUGAUGUUAAUUCUUAUUGUUUUUGUUGUCCAUUUCUUGUUAUAUGUGAAUUUUUAUUAGACGAAGAAAAAGAAUUUUUUCGAUGGAUAAGAUAUACAACUUUUGGUUGAUUUAUGGAAAUCAGAUUAGUAAAUAUAGUUGGGGUGCAUUAUAGAAAAUAAGUCCCACACUAGAUACGUCCAGCUAAGAAAACAAAGAGAUAAGGUGUUAAAAAUUGGGUGGUGCUACAAGUAUAUUUU